GUGCACCCUCCUCCCCACAUUUUGUGUGUCGCUCUCUCACCUCUCUUCUCCUAUAUAGAGAAGUCAGCCAAUGCAUAAGCUCAUCUGGCAUUCGCUCUUACUUUUCCCCCUGCCUCACUUUCUCACUCCUCUCUGCUCCUCUGCUGACUGACACUUCUGCUACUACUGCUUCUUCUUCCCUUCCUUCAUCCUUUUCCACAUUUCUUUCGCCUGCUCCUCAUCUUCCACAUCUUCAGUCCACCAUGGUGAACAGAUAACAAGCCGACUGUCCUGAGACCAUGGGUGCCUGCCUCUGCAAAGGUCACAAAGAGUUCCACCUCCCCGUAUCAACGCUGCAGCAGACUGAUGAGGGUCAGCCAUCAUCUGUCAAAGUCAAGCAACCUCCCAACCCCUCACCCUCCAUGACAACAGCACUCCUUGAUGCCAGUUCCCACCCUCAGCAGGACAAUGCAUCCCGACACACUGCAAAAACUGCUCAGGAGUGGCCCGGGGAACACGACAGAGCUAAGAUGUUCACCUGGGUUCCACAUUCCCCAGAUCCAAAUCUUAUUGAGCAUCUGUGUGAUGUAACAGGACAAGCCUGAUCUAGGAUGACCAGAAUCCCUCCUACGGCAGCAUGGCAGAAAAAAACAGCCACUACGAUAUCGGAGAGCUGGCCACAUCCUCUUUGAUUGGUCUGGUUGCCACGAUAAAGGAUCACAUCACCAAGCCGACAGCAAUGGCCCAGGGGCGGGUAGCUCACCUGAUUGAGUGGAAGGGUUGGGGUGGAUGCGGUGAGGCCGGGAGAGGCAGGGGAGGUUGCAGCGGGGCCUGGGGUAAAGGAGGUGGAGGCUGGGGGGUGAUGGGGGCCGAGCUGCAGGAAGAUGAACAAUACUACUCCCAAAUGACAGACGAGAUCAAGGAAGCUCGCUUUGCUGCAGGUGUAGCAGAGCAGUUUGCCUUGGCUGAGGCAGCCAUGAAUAUGUGGUCCAUGAACGACAACUUAGAGCAGCCAUCCACCAGCUUACAAGCAGCACAGAGCCACUUCCUGUCUCAGUUCCUGCUCGAUGGUGGAAGUGUUGGUGUUCCCCAGCACUUGUACAGCAUUCAUGCCCAGACUCAUGGCAACAGCAGUGCAGUCAACCUGGUCUGUCCACCGCUAGUCAACCCCAUUUUCCCAACGCCCAGCAUCCAGCCGGACAGAGCUCAGCCCUUUGAGGACAGAAACACUGUGACUGCAGAAGCUGCUGUCCGACAUGUAGACAGCAGCUCGCUAUCCGAGGAUGAUGUUUUUUACAACUAGGCUUGGAGAAAAGACAAGCCAUCAGUCUCGAAAAGGAGCCUUGUGAGAGGACUUGAGUCUCAACCACCAGCAAUGAAAGAUAGAAAAACAUUAAAGGGAGACAGCUGUGAGAUCUCUCAAGAGGCAACUACUUGAAUGGCUUUUUCUGGAAAGGUUUGAGAGCCUGGUCCCUAAACACAAAGACCCCAGAUAUUUUCUCCUUGGUUGAGACUUACACUUUUGUGAAUGUACAUAGCUCAACUGUUACAAUUUAAUUUUGUAUUCAAUGUACAUUAAACACUUUCAUAAUAUAUGUAGAAGCGAACUGUGAACAGUCAAAUGGUACUGGUGUAUAUAUCUUGUUAUAAAAUAUCAGUUUGACUUUAUGUGCAUUA